CGAUUCCUUGAACGAUUUGUCUGAACGAAUCUUUUGAGUCAACUGAUUCUAAAGAUUCUGUUUACUUAAAAUAAUUCGAAUGCACAUCAGUACUGCGUGUGACUGUUAAGCACUUUACGCUGACUGUUCGUCACAAACAGCAAACCAGCACGCCGGCUCAGGUCGACUGAAGGCGGAGAGCACACACGGACACCGUGGAGACUUUAAGGCCCUUCCCGACACAUAAUAUCAACUCGUUCCCGUGCUCGUGACGAUCAUGUUACGUUACAACUUAAACCGUGACGCCAUAAAGCACAUGAAACUCAAAGUUUCCCUACUUGCUCCCGCGGACAGGAUUUUUCUCGACUGUCCCACCUCCUCCGGGCGAGGUGACCGGGGCUCCCCAUGUCAUCAACCGAAGAGCAGCGCGUACAGUCGGACGAUUACCCGCUCAUCUCCAGAAUGGAUUCUUCCGACUCCGAGUACAAUCAGUUUUCACCCGGAGCCCGAAUUCAUUCCAAGUCAUCCAGCUAUGACGUGCUGUCAGUCUUGGGACGCGGCGCCUAUGGGAACGUGGUUAAAUGUCGGAAGACCACCGACAACAAGACGGUGGCGGUCAAGACCAUCAAGAACUAUGGAACAUCAGCUAAGCGGGCCAUAUAUGAGAUUCUUGCCUUGUUAAAAAUCAAAAAGAUGGAUGCUGACAAAUGCCACUUGGUGCAAUGGAACAGCAUCUUCAGCAUCACUGGACAUGUUUGCAUUGAGUUUGAGCUGUUGGACAAAAGUCUGUAUGAUUUUAUAAAAGAACGAAAUUUCAGGCCUCUCCAGCUGAAGGAGAUCAGGCCAGUUGUCCAUCAGCUGGCAGACAUGCUGGACCACUUGAAGGUCUCCCAGAUAAUACACGCGGAUCUCAAGAUGGAGAACGUGAUGCUGGUUAACCAGGUUCAGCAACCAUACAAGAUUAAAGUGAUCGACUUUGGCCUCGCUGCUCAGGUGUCCACUGCCAAACAGGGCUCGCUCAUUCAGACCCUCCCCUAUCGGUCUCCAGAAGUCCUGUUGGGUGCACCAUUCACAGAAGCCAUAGACAUCUGGUCAAUGGGCUGCAUCGCUGCAUUUCUAUACACAGGCGCACUUCUCUACCCUGGAAAAAGUGAAUACGACAUGCUCAGGUACAUAGUGGAGACUCAAGGUCAGCCACCAGAUAAUGUUCUCGAAGCUGGACUGCAGACCAAGCGCUUCUUCCAGAUGGAGCGCAAUUUCAGCUGGAAUCUCAAGACACCCGAACAAUACCAGAAAGAGACCACAUCAGUACCCAAAGAGACCAGACGAUUUAAAUUCCGCUCUCUUGAUCGCCUUCUUCAUUUCCAGCCAGGGAUUUUGAACACCAGGCACAUUGCCAAUAAAGCGGCCAAGACAACCGACGUGCAGAAGUUUGUGGAGCUGCUGAAGGGAACGCUGCACCUUGACGCCGCGCAGCGUAUGACGCCUCGCCAGGUUCUGGAGCACGACUUUAGCACCAUGAGCCACCUGGAGCCGCUUCACAACAGCAGCUCCCACGUGCAGUCAUGCUUUCACAUGAUGUCCACGUGCUCCAACAAGACCACGCUACAGUCGCUCUGCGGGAAAGGAUUCGACCCGUUGGCUCUAAGUGAGUCGCACGAUGAUGAGCCAUGCUGCAGCCCCACGUCACCGGAAGUGUACGAAAUCAUGGCCCAAGAUGAACGAUCGGACCCAAGUUGACAUACGGGGUCUGGGAUAGACACAUCAUCCGCCUGAUGAGAUGGAGGAACGUUGUGCUUUCUCUUUGUCCCAACAAACUCAACCCAGUGAACAAUGUUGGGCCUUCGCUAACCUGUACAAUGUUCACACUUGACAGUCAUGGCGGCCAUCAACUCUAAGUAUCGCUCUCCACUGAUUGAGCUAGCCCGAGCAUCAUUUUCUUAAACUGAUGAUAAAAUGCUUAACGUUCUUUACAUGCCAAAAACUUUGUCUGAGCACUGUGCCCGUUGGAUAAAGAGAUCACAUGUGCCGAAACCUGUAUAUAAAUCUAACUUGUCCAUCUUUUUCUACUUCAUGGUUUGUGAAUGAUGUCAGAACAAGACACCCAUUGCCGUUAUAGUUCUCGGAGCGUGUACGGUUAUAUUGACGCGCUAAUGAUUGGUGAAAGUAACUGUCGUAUAAUUGUUUACUGUUAUACUUUGUCAAACAAAAUGAGUACUUGGGAAGACGGCAUCCUAACGCAGUGCAUGUCUGAGACGGUUUAUCACGGCUAAUACAAAGUAAACGUUAGGCGCCCUCUAGCCCGUCAGUAAGUGCACUCUGCCCAUCUGAUAGCUAAUAACGGAGCCAUUAAAUGGACUGAUAACGUUCGCAGCUGUGUCCUUGUCUGCAUUCCGCCUCACCUCGCCAUCUUUCCCGCCUCACCUCAGCCACCCAUCCCCGCCGCCUAGCCCUUUAAUCCC